AUGACUAUCACUGAUAACCAAUCAAAAGUGAUGACAAAACGACGAAUUCUAUUUCAAUAUCCGGCACUACCGACAAUUGAACUUGGCCUUUGCUACAUUAUUGUUGGCUGUAGUAUGAUUUAUGCAUGGAGCCAAGUGCUAAUUGCUAGUAAUAAAUACGAAUUUCAAUAUUGGCAUUCAAUACGAAUUAAUCGAUUACCUUUAAUUGGUGAACGAUAUAUGGAUGAAUCAAAUUGGGAAUGGGCCUCAUGGACACCUAUUGGUUUCAGUCUUUUACCAUUUUUUAUUUUACAUUCAAUUAUUUUCAACAUUGGUGGAAGUUUUGUCUCGGAUAAUACUUUACAAUACAUCACAAUAUUUUACUCUGUCACUUAUAGUUGUUUUCUCUUUUCUAAAUGGCUUGUCAUUUUAUCACUCACCCAGGGUACACUUAUCUUUUUUGCUGCCUACUAUUUUCGCCAUCAACUUAUUGUAUGGUUUUGUUCAAUGCCAAUUCUUUAUCUAUCACUACGCUAUUCUUAUCACUUAUCACCAAAUCCAUUAAUUGUUGUCAUUUUUAUCUGCUACACAUUACUUUCAUAUAUUUCAUUUAAUUUGGAAAUGCUAAAUGGCGCAAAACGUCCCGAAGAUAAUACAUUGCUAAAAUGUUACAUACGUAUGCUUUUUUAUGCAUUUUAUCCACCAUAUAUGACAACAUUAGUUGUUAUUUAUCCGGAAUUUGAGCGACAAAUGCGCCAACGUCAUACUAAAACACGUAAUUGGCAACGUGUAAUAUUUUUUGCACUACGUAUUACAUUUUGGUGGUUACUUAUCUAUUUAAUGUUACAUUUUAUGUAUUUCGAAUGGAUACUUUAUGAUACAGAUUAUGCGCAAAAUUUGCCAAAAAAUGAAUUUGUUUCAUUAGGAAUGGCAUUAGGAAUAUUUUUUCAUCUUCGAUACGUUGUGAUAUUUGGCUUACCACGUAUUUUUGCCUUGGCUGAUAAUAUGGAACCAGCUGCUGGGCCAAUUUGCAUCAAUCGUUUAACGCUUUACUCAAAAGCAUGGCGUUACUUUGACCCUGGCCUUUAUAGCUUUUUUAAAACUUAUAUUUUCAUUCCAAUUUGUACGCCAACUUUUUCAAUUAAACGUAAAAUAUUUGGUGUAAUUAUAUCAUAUGGUUUUGUACUGCUAUGGCAUGGAAUUACUUAUGCAAAUAUUAUUUGGAUAAUACUUAAUAUUAUUGGCUUAUUUAUGGAAUAUUGUUGCAAAGGAUUGUACACAAUUAAAGACAUUCAAAAAUGGCGUGAAACACACAUCAACGAUAUAUCAUUUCGUCGUUUUAUUGCAUUUCUUCAUAUUAUACCAUUCAUUCUUGGCCUUUACUCAAAUUUUUACUUUUUAGGUGGCUAUGAAGUUGGCUCAAUGUUUGUUAAACGUAUUUGGUACGAAGAAACGUUAAAAUUACGUUUUCCAGCUAUUUUAUUAAUUACAUUAGCAUAUUUUUAUUCACAAGUUUGUAUUGAAAUUGAUCGAAAAAUUAAUUUAGCAACAAUAACAAAUAAUAAUUAUAAAAAAGAUUGCUAA